GUGGUCUCCCCCAAUCAGUUUAGCACAAUGAACGAUUCCCGUUUACUCUGCAGCGAAAAAUGAUAUACCUUCUCACUUUACGUUAUGAUGUUGUAGCGCUUCAUCCGAGGAGCUGAUCUAUGUUUCCGUUGCAGUUUGAUUUCGGGGGAAAUAGGCCAUCUCUGUCCACCCAUUAUAAUGGAUCCGAUCCCUAUUUACUCGGAUGGCGAUGGAGACAUAUUUGACUGUAUACAGACGGGAAAUAUUGAACAGUGUAUACAGUUCGUUGAAAAUGACCCUUCAAUUCUCAAGGAAACAGGCUGGGGUGGUUUCAGUCCUCUUCACUAUGCUGCCCUCAAUGGUAACCGUGCCAUGGUUGACUAUUUCCUUAGUAAUGGAGCUGACCCUAACCUGGCAAGUAACGCAGGACAGACAUGCUUUCAUUUUGCCUGCAGGCAGGGGAACAUAUUUAUCAUACACCUAAUGAUGCAGUAUGGAGCCGAUUUGCGCCUCAUAGACCUGCAGCAAAAAACAUGUCUGCAUCAUGCAGUUUCUGGAGGCAGCAUUGUUGCAGUGCAAUUUUUGUUGGAGACAGGAAUGUUCAGAUUCUCAGACACAGACAUGUACCAUGUGACGCCCCUUCACCUGGCUGCAUCCACAGGCAACACAGAGCUGGUCCGAUAUUUGCUCAGAGACCAGAGGUGUGCUGUGGAUGCAGUUGACCAGCAGGGAGCGACAGCGCUCCAUGUUGCAGCAGAGAAUGGCGGCGUGGAGGUGUGCUGGACACUAAUGCAGAGAUCUGGGUGCUGGAUGCUCCAUCUGAAAAACAACAGCGGCCUCACACCACUGGAUCUCAGCAAACAGGGCAAAACAUUUAGACAUCAGCAACUCAACAAGCUUCUCAUUCGGUACAUGAAGGAGCCAAAAUACCACAGGCCCAAAGAAUCCAAUGCUUUGUAUUGCUGGUCACUGUUAUUCCCAACCUUAAGUGGAGCUACCAUCCUGAUAAUAGCAACCGUGUUGCAAGGCUAUGGGGGGAUAACAUGCACAUUGCUCUUCCCCUGGCUGGCCAGAAGUAUUUUCACACAGUUCCACCGCAUAACCACAUACCAAAGGUUAGCUAACCCGGUCUACCUGGGAACGCUCAUAGCUGGCUUGAUUCAUUCCCUUUUCUGCUUCUAUGGAAGAAUAAUGCCUAGUGUGUGGCCGAUCAGUGCUCUCGUCAACCUGUCAAUGGUGCACUUCUCCCUUGUCCUGGGUUUGUUAUGUAAGAUCCUGACUCAGGAUCCUGGAACACUGGACAGAGCAGACACAGAUCCUCGGUUCUCCUGUAUCGCUGACCUGGUGGAGAACAACCAGAGCCCUCACAGGUUCUGUCCAUACUGUGAGUUAUACCAGCCUGACUACACUAAACACUGCAAGCUGUGUGACGUGUGCAUAAAAGACUACGAUCACCACUGCCUAUUCCUCAACCGAUGCAUCGGCCGUGGUAACCACCGCCUCUUCGUCUUAUUCAUCCUCUCCAUGUUGAUGGCCCACCUUCUUUUUGUUUCCACGGCAACAAGUUACCUGUAUGACAUGAAGUACAUGGGCAGUUACAUCUGGUUAUCGUGGUUUACAUUGUUAGGGGACGAGUUCUGGGUUGUGUCCCUGUUGGUUAUGAAUGCACUGACGCUCCUUUGGGAGGUAUGGCUACUCAUAGAGCAGUUUGAUGCUGUUUCCUCGGGAACAACUACCUACUUUGGACAGAGUGAAAGCUCAGCACGACAGCGGUCACUAGCACAGCGCUGGCCUAUAGUGCUGUCGUUUCUGCUGGAGGGUCGCAGACGGGUGGGAAGCGGACAAAUGAGAGAGGACAAAACUUCCAUAGACAUUUAAAGUCAGUUUGUCCUGUGCUAUCUAAUUUCAUCGAGUUUACAGCGUCACUUGUGCGCACUCAACCUUGAUAAUGUCCUCUUUAGAAUAAAUGGCUCCGUAAUGCCAUAUCAUGUUGUACUUGAAUGUAAAAUGAGCUUAUAUCACACUGUUCUAUUUAAAUUCACUAAAGGCUUUAGAGUAGAUUUGAUGGCAGGUUUGUCCAUAAAGUGGAUAACUAGCCCCUAGAGUUUAGACGUUCACCUAGUUUUUAGAGACCUCACUGAAUACUUUUAAGAUAACAAUGUUCUAAUAAUUAACUUGUUGGAUUACAUUGUACUGUGAAAAAUGCAUACUUCCAAAACUGUGUUUUAGCAGGGAACGCCUCAGAAUGAAUUUUCGUACAUCUGUUGUUAUAUUCCACAUCACCAUACCUUUUUUUAACACUAUUGUUAUGUUGAAUAAAAUUACGUAAUGGUGUAAAGCAUCAUUCAAAGUUGUGAAGAUGUGUGGUCUCAUAACUUUAGAAGGUCCUGUGAUUAGCUAGUGAUAAUGGUUAAUAGCAGGUGCAAUGUUAGACUUUGUUCCUCACAUAAUGUCAUUACCUCUCUGACAUGCUCCUGGUAAUUUGAGUCAUGACACUUCCUCUGCUCUCACUAAUGAGAUCUUUUCAUGCUUUCAAUUAAACACACUCAUUUCCUUUGUGUCCCUCAGGACCCUAUAUCAAGAUUAUAUAUGAUGUUCCCCACACCCUUCAGAGGAUGGUGUGUCUGCACUUUGUGAAUGGCUAUAUCACGCAAUAUUAUUUAGUGUCUGCUGUAGUAAGUGCAUGUAAGCCUAUGAGUGCUUUUACUGUCCCUGGAUCAGUGUUAUUGUAUUGUAUAACUGGCUGCCACUUGUUAAUAUACCAAUACAUUUUAUAUGUUCUAACAUAAUGUAUCUGCUGUUACAGUUUCUCUUGAUUCCCAAUAUGAAACCUCACAUUUGUGCCAUGAUGAUUUUUUAUGCUGUAUGAAAAAUAUGCUUGAUAAAAAUACAUGGAAUAUCUGCCAUUAAAUAAAAAUCCAAAAACUAA